UUGCACAAUUCUCAAGAAGUAUAUAUCCCAACCAAACAAAUAAAAAAAGUUAAAAAAAGGGAAAUUGCAAAGACAAAAAUUACCAAACUCCCCACCUCGUAUUUCACUUCACUUCUCUCUCUCUCUCUCUCUGUGUCGUUAAGAAAGAACUGAAAAAAUACAAACACAAACGAAGACAUUUGUGCCGGAGAACAAAACAACCCAACAUUCGGACACUGAUCGAAUCAAACAGAGAGAGAGAGAGAGAGAGAGAGAGAGAGAGAGAAAAAAAACCCAAUUUAAACUGAGAGAACAACCCCCCAAAAAGAGAACCUUUUGCUUUUUAAUGCUCUCUCUCUAAAAGGACUUUGAGUCUGAGUUUCUCACACUCUCUCUCUUUUUUAAAAAUCGUGCUCUCUUUUUUCACUUUUUGCUUUCUCUUUUUAACUAAAGAGUUUGAGAGAGAAGUGAGAAGGUAGGCUAUGGUGGAGCAGCAGUAGCAACUGCAGAAGAAUGAUGAUGAAGUGGAGAUAUCGGUGAUGAUGGUGAAAUGGCUGUACUGAAAAUGGCUCAACAAAGCAAAACUACCAACACCAACAAUGCCAACACUAACAACAUUUCAACCCAUUUGCAACACCAACAAGUAAAGCCAACAAUGUUUCAUGAUUUCCUGGGCAUGAAAGCUACAGAAUCCCCUGUCGUUUUGGCCCCUAAGGCCAAUGAUGCAAGGUUUUCGGAGGCUUCCCCUUCUGCUUCAGCCUCUAUUGGUGCCUCUUCUGGCGGUGGUGGUGCUGGCCGUGGGCCCAUCUCUUCCACCUCGGAUCUGGGUUCUGUAGAAAGACAGGUUGGAAAUCAUCUUGAGGGCAUUCCGUACUAUGGUCCAAGGAGUGAAAUAUCUGGGCCAGAGAUAAGCAACAGAUUGGUAAGAAGUAAGAGAAGCAAUCCAGAUUCGGUCUUUAUGGGUCAUGAAUCUCUUGAGAGCUUGCAUUUGAUGAAGAUGCUUCACAAUGGGGCUGGGGGAGAGAGACCUAGAAGGUCCAAUGAGGAUGAAGUGUUUCUUGGUAUGCAGUCAAUGAGACCUUCUUCUGCAUCUCUUAUAUUACAUCCUCCCCCUGGUAGCAGACUUGAAGGCAAUUCUUCCAAAUGGGAGAGGUCUGUCCCCAUGAUAGGUUCUGCAGUUCAGAAUGCAUCACGUGGUGGUCACUUUGUGCCUUUUAUGGCUCAAGUAUCUUCAAACAGGUUCAAGGAUACAAAUGUUGGUCCUUCUGUUAUCUCUCAGGCAGCUGCUGAUGAAGGAUCUAGAACUGGAAUUAAAGGCACUGGAAUUUUGAGUUAUAUUAAUUCAAGUGGUGUUUCCACUGAGAAAAACUCAUCUGGGGUAAUGCCAAAUGGGAGCAGGCCAAAGUCUGGAGCUCAUAUUUCUGAUCCGGAGUCGUCAGUUCCUCCAAGUCGACAAGGAUUAACAUCUGCCAGCCAGCAAAUGACUAUAUUUUAUGCUGGUCAGGCUCAUGUCUUUGAUGACGUGCAUCCAAACAAGGCAGAUGUCAUAAUGGCGUUGGCUGGAUCAAAUGGAGGAUCUUGGUCGACAACUUACUCUCCUAAAUCUGCUGUGAGGCCAGUUAGUGAAAAUUAUUCACCUAGUGGAGAACCUGAAGCAGUGGGUAGCAUGGCAUUCUCGCGGGAAUUUCGAGGGAGGAUAAGUGUUGCUGGUAAUACUAGUCAAGGAACUGGUUCUGGUGAACGAAUCUCAACACAAGCAGGGGUUCCUCAAGGCACCGUUGCUAUUGCGAAAGAUGCAAGAAAUCCAAUUCAAGCAGCAGAGCCUAGUACUGAAGAUAAAAGAGUGGUAUAAAGUUAAGGGAGUUCGGAAUUGCUUUGAAUCUAUUAACCUGGCUUAUUAGUAAGAACGAACCGUGUCUUAUCUAUUUCGUCAAUGCUCAACUUUUUUCUUUUCUUUUUUUUUUUUUUGAAUUUUCUCGCGUUAUUAACCUUUUUCAGAAGUAAAGAUAGGGUGGGUGGUUUGGUUUAUCAAUUAACCAUCAGCUGCAGAUCUUUCUAAGCUUCACAUGUGCUCUUAAUUUGCUCUAAUUAAUCUUUAAUCCAAUACAUAAUAUGCUAAUAGGUGAAUACUCUUUGAACUCA